UGACGCGACUCUCUACAUUGCUCUGACCGCAUCCACUGUCGGCAAGCGUUUUAUUUUGAAGGUUGUGAUCCAUCGUAAGGGUGGAAGUCCUGUGUUUGAUUGCAGUAGGCUUGACACUGAAAGGCAAACGGCAAGAGGUGAGGGACGGCCUCAGCUCCAGCCAUGACCUCUGGGAAUGGGACCACUGGCAGCACCGAACACAAUGGAGAGAGCAUGCUGGCCCAGGCUCUAGUCAGAUCACACAUCCUCACCCAUCUGAUUGAGGGAUUUGUUAUCCAAGAAGGUGCUGAGCCUUUUCCUGUGGAGCGUCCAUCCUUCUCUAUUGAGAGACUAAGGAGACACAAUCAGCGCAUGGAAAGGCAGAAUCACAAAGCAGACUCAGAGAUGGAUGACCUGUCACCUCAUGAGUUAAAGGCCCAGCAGGAGGAGCCCAUGCUAACCUGUGAACUGUGUGGCAAGGUGGAUUUCGCCUACAUCUUCAAAAGGUCCAAGAGGUUCUGCUCAACAGCGUGUGCCAAACGCUACAAUGUGGGAUGUACUGCGCGAGUGGGUCUGUUCCCAAAUCGCAAAACCACCAUGGAGAAUAUGAAGAAACAAAGAGCACUGAAUGGAAACCACAAAAACUCAAGUUUAGAGUCUAAAAAAGAAGAUCCCAACAUCUGUUCAGAAAUCUGCUGCUGGUACUUUGUCCUCUGGUCACUUGGUUCACCCUGGGAUGGCGGAUUUCAGUCAGUGUUCAGACUUGUCUGGCUAUAAGGACCCUCAUCACCCCUGUUGGCAUCACAGCAGGUGCUUGCAGGCCCAGGCUCUGAGCUACCCUUCGUGCCCCACAGCUUCCUACCCAGCAACCCUGGCAAGUGGAAUGUUGAAGAUGUCUAUGAGUUCAUCUGUUCUCUGCCAGGUUGCCUGGAGAUUGCUGAAGAGUUCCGUUCACAGGAGAUUGACGGGCAGGCCCUGAUGCUGCUGAAGGAAGAUCAUCUCAUGGGAACCAUGAACAUCAAACUGGGUCCUGCACUCAAGAUCUUUGCCCAGAUUAGCAUGCUAAAAGACUUGUAGCCUCACACACACACUGUAUGCAAGGCAGCUUUAUUCCGACUGAACAGACAGGAUAUGCUCAGGAUCCCUGAUGAAGACACAGGCCAUAAUUAAGUUGGACAGGCCUUUAAUACAGACAUUUUUUAUGGCCUGAUGUCCACAGGGACAUCAAAAUGAGUUUUUGAUUCUUCUCACUCUAUCAUAACUUCAGGAAAACCUUGCCAGGUACUAUAUUCUGUUUUACAAUUUUGUGCUAGUAACCUGUUUAGGGAAAAGUCCUCCAUUUGUUUUGUUUUUGUAGAGUAAAUCAUUGUAAAGGAGCAAGACUAAGUUUAAAUUUCAUGUCAGUCUUGAUCUUCCCUUCUGUUCUUUGUGAUAAUCCCUUGAUGGAAUUGCGAUGUUGGAUUGUGUUAAUUAAAAUCUUCCUGCUUUUUCUCACAUUUGGCCUUAAACAAA